AUCAUGGACUGCAAGAAAAUCUGCUUGGAAAAAGCCAUCUCAUUCAAUUUGAAUCCAAUUGGUUUAUUCAAUUCAUAAUCCUGGACACCGACUACGAGAACUACGCGUGCCUGUAUUCGUGCCUGCAGAGGUUCACGUUCAAGGCAGAGUUCGUGUGGGUGCUGAGCCGUGCGCCUGUCGUCACGCAGAGCUUCGUGAGGCGCUGUCGUGAACUCAUCACGACAGAGUCUGGCUUCGACUGGCGCAGGCUGCACAUGGUCGAACAGGGAGAGACCUGCCCGUACUGGGAAGACCAUUUGCAGGAGCAAAGCAAAGAAUCCCUGGAAUCAAAAACAGAACUGCAAAAUAUGGUCAACGCCGUCGACGAUGAGGUGAAGGCGAUAAUCAACGAAGAAAUCGAAUUUCAAGAGGACGACAUUUUUUAUUACCAUUCAUCAUCUGGACCCCAAAAUACCGGCUUUGAUUUUAGACUCUUUUUUAUCGCCAUUGCAAUCCUCUUUUUCUGAGAUCUACUAUUGUGCACCUAAAAAUUCAAGUCUAUAUAUAGUAUUUCCUAUUUCAAAUAUUCACUUCCCACGCCCGUAUCAAAUUUUCAUUUUAAUUUAA